CCCAAGCCUGAGAACGCCAUCACCAUCGCCGUGUCCUCGCGGGCGCUGUUCCGCAUGGAGGAGGAGCAGAAGAUUUACAACGAGCAAGGGGUGGAAGCCUACGUGAAAUACCAGCUGGACCACGAGAACGAGCCCUUCCUCCCUGGGGCUGCCUUCCCCUUUGUCAAGGCGCUGGAGGCGGUGAACACGCAGCUGCGUGAGCUGUACCCCGACAGCGAGGAGCUCUUCGACAUCGUCCUCAUGACCAACAACCAUGCCCAGGUUGGGGUGCGCUUGAUCAACAGCAUCAACCACUACGAUCUGUUCAUCGAGAGGUUCUGCAUGACGGGAGGGAACAGCCCCAUCUGUUACCUCAAGGCCUAUCACACCAACCUCUACCUCUCCUCUGAUGCAGAGAAAGUGAGUGGGGCCAUUGAAGAGGGAAUCGCUGCGGCCACCAUCUUCAGCCCCAGUAAAGACCUGGAGGUGUCGGAGAACCAGCUCCGGGUGGCAUUCGACGGCGACGCCGUGCUCUUCUCGGAUGAGUCGGAGCAGAUCGUGAAGGCUCACGGCUUGGACAUGUUCUUUGAGCAUGAAAAGGCCCACGAGAACAAGCCUCUGGCACAGGGACCCCUGAAGGGCUUCCUGGAGGCUUUGGGAAAGCUGCAGAAGAAGUUUUACUCCAAGGGGCUGAGGAUGGAGUGUCCCAUUCGCACCUACCUGGUGACCGCCCGCAGCGCGGCCAGCUCGGGGGCCCGGGCCUUAAAGACUCUGCGCAGCUGGGGCCUGGAGACGGACGAGGCCCUGUUCCUGGCCGGGGCUCCCAAGGGGCCGCUGCUGAGGAAGAUCCGGCCCCACAUUUUCUUCGACGACCAGAUGUUCCACGUGGAGGGAGCCAAGGAGAUGGGCACCGUGGCUGCCCACGUCCCCUACGGCAUCGCCCAGAAGCACAAGCGGCCGGCGCAGGAGAAGCAAACCCCCAACAGCAAAUAGCCGAGCUUGGAUGGUCCCACGGCCCCCGGCACCGACUUCACCACGAUCCCACAGGGGUUGUGGUCUGCGAGGGGGAGAGCGUUUGCCCCAGCGAGUGUGAGGUUAUUCCCAGUUGGGAAUUCCCUUGGCAGGGGCACGGAUGGAGGAAGGGGCUGACCAAAGGCUUCCUUUCGAUGCUGUAUUCGUUGCGAUGUCGUGGUGGUGUCCCCAUGGGGUCGGAGACUCCCCCGCGCACUGGGCAGCCCCAUGAGCCGUUUCCCUCAUUCUUCUGCACUUGCUUCAGGCAAAAUCCCCCGAGGAGGGGUCUGGCCUUUUGUGGACUGGUUGUGCCGGGCAGGUUUCACCUAUUGGUGUUUCUUUAAAACCCCAGGUAAUUCCCAAAGCCCUUGAUUUACAAAGCAAAUGUUCAGGCUGAACUGUUGAACUGGAGCACACAAAACCCCUUCUUGCAGCUUCGAAACGAAACGUCGUCCCUUUUAACUAAAGUUAAACAGUAAGGUUGUUCCUGCACAGAUCCAGCCCCUGCUCUCCCCAACCAGAAAAUCUUCCACGUCUGUGUCCUUCCAAGAAGAUUUUGUCAUCUGAACAGCCUCCCUUUCACGCACUAAA